AUCGUAAGUGAAGAAAUGUUUUAACAUUUUUCUAUGUGAUUUCACGAAUCCCCAUGAAAAAAAGAUAAAUCCUAGGAAUUCCAUGAAAAAUUAUAUCAAAACCACUAUACUAUACCUGGCAGUCUAGGGGUUAAAUAAACUGGGAAAAAUAAUUGUAAAGUUGGAUGACUGUAUGAAACAGAGAAAAAACACGUCAUCCAUGUACGAAAUGAAAUUAUCACAAAAAAAAAGAAAAAAGAAAACCGCAUCAAAUCGUUUUGUUUACUAAAGGGCACGAGAGGCAGCGGAUUGUGAGUUUUAAACAUUUCUAAUUUGCGACGGAAUUCCUGAGGAGAUAAGAUCCUGAGGAGAUAAGAUUAAUCUCAAUACAGUAAGCUAGUUCAAAUGUUCAGAUGGCCUUAAAUUCGGCUCUGUUUGUAAAAUAAACAUGUUGAGUCUUCAGAGAGGGAGAUAAUUUCGUCUUUCGACGAAGUUCCUGCCUCAUCUCCGUUGGAAGGCCCUUUCGCUCACUAAAGGGAUGGCUGUCAACCAUUAGCCCAUUGCUAUCUCCAUCAUGUCGGUGCUGAACAAGUUGCUUGAAGGCUUUACAAAUGAAGACCACAAUUACCUUCGAACUUUGCAAAUUAUCCGCAGCCAGGGCCAGAAAGUGCUAUAUCAGGUCCUGCUCUGGGGUUGGCCGAAAGAUGUAUCUGUGAAAAACAUGACUAAACAUUUUCUUACUGACUUGCCUCAGACUGGAAAGAUUAAGCUCAAGAUCUUUGACAAAACACAGCAGUCUAAUAUCAGGGCCAACCCAACAGGAGAAACUUAUGAUGUGACACUGCUGCAUAAGUGUAUCAAAGUUGCCUGUGUUGGUGUGGCAACCUUUGAGGAUGAUGCUUGGAAAUCAGGAGAUGACACACGGCUUGAGUCCUUGGUGACCCAAAUCAAAAAUAUGAGAAAUGAUUUGUUUCACAAUGUAAGUAGUAUGGACAACAAAACGAUGUUCAGUAAUAUUGAAGAGAUCAGAACAGUUUUGAUUAAGACCAUCCAAGCUGCAGGACUUCGCUUUCAUGUAGAUCCCAAAGAAACCAAGGCAGAAGUGCUGAUCUUGCACAAGGAGAUAUUAAGAAAUAUCAGAAGGAACUGUUAUAUGAACAUUUGAAAACUUUCCUGAAGGAGAAUGGCUCACAGGAGCUGAAGACACGUAUAAAGAAACUAAUGAUGUUAAACCCAUUCCAUUUCCUUGAUGGAAGCAAUUACUGUUUAGAAGUUGGAAAUGUAUUCUCCAAAAUUGAGAUAGAGCAAGGUAAUGGGGGCACCAAAAAUCAUGAGAUCGAAUAUAGAGAUGUACUUAGACUAAGUGAAUCAUGUGAGACCAUAUCUAGUACUGCUAGUGAUAAUGAAGCUGUCACGUUGAUACUUUUGGAAGGGCAAGCUGGCUAUGGAAAAACAACUAUGUUCAAGUUCAUCUUAUCAGACUGGGAAAGUGGCAAAAAUUCCAUAAAGGAUUUAGAAUCAUUUGAUCUAGUUCUGCCAAUUAUGUGUCGAGAUUCACAUGUAAGUACCUUUAGGGAACUUGUAACUUCUCUUAUGCCCAAAACACUGACAUCUUUCAGAAACAUAGAUGAAUUUAUAGUCUGCACUUCCAGCCUAAGACUUUUAGUUGUUGUGGAUGGACUUAAUGAGAUGACAAAAGAAUCGGGUAAGGUUUUUGAUGAUCUGCUAUCUCGAAUGAAAUUGCAUGAUAUGACUGUUCUGUGCACCAGCCGUCCAGAAACAGUGGAUACCUUCUUUUACAGAAAAAUUCCUUCUGAACUGAAGAAAGUUCACUUGAAAAUCAGAGGAAUACCAGUAGAGUUGAGAGGGGACUUUGUUCAGAAAUACCAUGAUGAAAUGAUAAAAAAGAGCAAGAGUAAAAAGAGUACUGCUGGCCUUGUGGAGUACAUCAACAGAACAUCAAGUAAGCUCCAACACCACUUUAAUUCGCCUCUUAAUCUUGUACUUCUAACUCAUCUUUGGUCUCAGUAUCCUGACAUGGUGAACAGUGUUACAACAUCAACUGAGCUGUACUCAAAAGUGGAUAUGUUGCGGAUUGAGGAACUAAGACAAAGACUGUCCACCAGUUUUACAAAUUUAGAUUUGAUUAAUCAUUGUCAAAGGUUUGAGAAAGCAUUGUUUGCUGAAGCUCUGAUAUCAAUCAGUAAAAAUGAUGCUAAUUUACCAGAAGUAUCAAAGCAGAGGUUAAGGAAAAUAUGUGAGGAACUCAAGUUGGAUUUUGAGAAAGUCUUAUUUCACUUUUUAGUCAUGAAGGGAACCUUUACAGUGACUGGUAGAAGCGAGGUGAUCACAUUCCCGCAUCAGGAUAUUCAGGAUUAUUAUGGUGCCAGGUGCCUCUAUUUUGCUCUCUUGAAUGAUAGUUAUUAUAGCUUCAUAAAGUAUAGUGUAUUGAGGAAGAAAUGCUCUUCAUGGAAAGGCUUUUGGAGUUUUCUGGGCUUUGAAAAACAAGUUCCCUCACUUCCUGAGGCCAUGCCAGAGCCACAGUCCUUCCAAGUACAGAGAACCAUAUCCGAAAUUUUAGAAACAGUCCAUGGUACCAAGAUUGACUCUAUAGUGUUUUCCAGGUACUGCAAUGUGCUUAAACAUCUUGCGGGGCUUCUAGGUCAGCAUGCACACCAGGUGCCUGAUGAACUUUCCAAGGAGCUGCUCAAACUGUUCUGCCAUGCUGGCAUUGUCAGCAGAGAUUCAUGGCUUGAUAUCCUAAGGGAAGUGAAAUGUGAUGCAUCAACAUCAAAGUACAUUGCCUCCUUUGUCUCACAGAGCUGCAAAGGUCAUAUCUAUGUCAAUGAUGAGGAGGUAGGAAUCUAUGCCUCGCUCAUGCCUCAUUCCAAGCCAGAAAAAGUGACUCUAGAAUUGACGAGCAACGCACGUGAGAUUCCCCGUCUGCCAGAGCUCCUCAGAGCAGUAGGCAACCAUGAGGGUGUUAAGGUGGCUCUCAAGUUCCAUUAUGACUUCGUUCAUGGACAGGAAUUGGAUCACCUGCUUGAUCAUCUUAAGUCCAAACAUGACGAUAUAAGCAUACCUUAUAUCGUCAUGUUUGGACUUAAGAUGAUCAAGCAGGUGAUCCAAUUCCUGUCCAUGAACGAAGUCAUAAUGGAACUUGAGAGCCACCUUAACACCCUCAUGGUUGCCUACUGCUCUGAGGAGCUCUGGCAGACGGGGAAUCUCACGUGCGUUGCUCGUCAAUUCUAG